AUGAUUAGCCAGUUCCAUGAAUUUGCUCGCAGCAAAACUGCGCCGCGUCCUGAAAGCCCGUUCAGCAAUUUUGAUGCGUCAUUUGUCCCAUUCCCCGAUUAUUUGAGGUCCCCAUCACGCGGCCACGGGCUGAAUGAGACGGGUACCACGCCCGCCACCCCCUCGAAAUCAUUGCACCGACAAACGCGACUGACAGAGAUCACCGAUCGUCUGGUGGGGGUUGAGAAACAAGUGGAACAAAAAACCUUUGCGCAGUUACAAGCCGAAACAUCCCGAAUCGUCGCCUUUAGAGAAGCUCUCAAUGGGUUGGAGAAGAAGGUGGACAACGAAGUGAGGGAUCGGAUGGAGAGCCACAAAAUCAUCACAUCGGAAUUCGAGACACAGCUGCAUGGCGUCAACACAAAAGUACAGCUGUAUUGCACAGAAAAGCUAGAGCAGUUGAAAGACGUAGUUCGUAGCGUCGAUGAGCGCAUGGCGAAUAUGUAUUCACGAAUUGAAGCACUCGAGGACGACACGGUGGUGGAGAACCUGAAGAAGGAAAUAGCCGAGUGUCAUAAAGAUAUCAGCGAUCUAAAGAACCGACUGCCGGAGCUAGCCGAGCAAAGGAGCAAUGCGUUUAUGGAAAAACUGGUUGACGUAGAGCGCUCGGUCUCCCUGAAAUUCGAAGACGAGCGCAUCAAGCGGUCUAAACGAUUAGACGAAUUGACUGCGGAUGCAGUCUCACUUCAAAAAGCUCUGCAGGAGAAAUCACAAGCCUUUCAGAAAGCUGUAACAAAUCAAAUGGACGAACUGCGGACAGCCAUUGAGUCUGAGCGGUCGGCGCGCGAACAAGCUGAUGAUGACAUCGUACUUGCACUGAACCAGUACACGGUGGCUCUCCAUGACGCGCUGCUGAAGACAGCUCACGUAGAAUAG